UCAAACUAGUUUUUGCUUCUCUUUCUUUUGAUUUUCAAGUGAGCAAAAAUGGUGAAGUUGGCUUUUGGUAGCUUUGGUGACUCGUUUAGUGUUGGCUCCCUCAAGUCAUAUCUAGCUGAGUUCAUUGCCACCCUUCUUUUUGUGUUUGCUGGUGUUGGAUCUGCCAUUGCUUACGGUAAGCUGACAUCAGCAGCCUUGGACCCUGCGGGCCUGGUAGCGGUGGCCAUAGCCCAUGCAUUUGCACUGUUUGUGGGGGUCUCUAUUGCUGCAAACAUCUCAGGUGGCCAUUUGAACCCAGCUGUCACACUUGGAUUGGCCAUUGGAGGCAACAUCACCAUCCUCACUGGCAUAUUCUACUGGAUUGCCCAACUCUUGGGCUCCAUCGUUGCCAGCUUUCUCCUCAAGUUUGUCACUCAAUUGGAUGUGCCAACCCAUACACUUGCCUCAGGGGUAGGUGCAAUUGAGGGAGUGGUAUUUGAGAUCAUCAUAACCUUUGCUCUGGUCUACACUGUCUAUGCCACAGCUGCUGACCCCAAGAAGGGUUCACUGGGAAUCAUAGCACCCAUUGCAAUUGGGUUCAUUGUUGGGGCCAACAUUCUCGCCGCCGGCCCAUUCAGCGGUGGCUCGAUGAACCCCGCUCGGUCGUUUGGCCCAGCCGUUGCCAGUGGAGACUUCACCGACAACUGGAUCUACUGGGUCGGCCCACUAAUUGGUGGUGGGCUGGCCGGGCUCGUCUAUGGUGACAUUUUCAUUGGGUCCUAUAGCCCAGUACCCGCGGCUGAAGAUUAUGCUUAAUUUGAUAUGCUUAUGCUUUGGGGUUUCUCUUCUUGUUUGCUUUGUUAUUGUUUUUGUUGGCUUUAUUGUUGCUUUUGGGUUGAGUACCUACGAUUGCACUUAUCAAUUCCAUGAAGAAAAAAAAAAAAAAAAAAAAAAAAAAAAAAAAAG